ACGACAAAGAGAAACUCCGGGGCCAAGAGGGCGGGCCAGCCAAAGAGAAGCACGAGGAAGGGAGGGAAGGAGGGAGAGCAGAGGAGGCCAAGAGAGAACGGGAGGAAGGAGGAGGAGGAGGGCGGCGGAUUGCAAGAUCGCAAGUUUCUUGCUGUGAAAUUGAGAUUUGGGGAGGUGGGUUGGGUUGUGCCCCAGCCGCCGGUUUUGGCUGCAUUGGAUGGAAGACGAGCGUGAGGAAGAAGCUGUGAGUGUGCGGCGGUGAGUGGGUGGGCGGAGUUGAGUCGAGGAGAGUCGAGUCGGGGAGAGAUCAUUCCGCCCGCCCUCACGCUCUGGACGAGAUUUAGAGUUGAUUCGGUUAAUUCUCGCGGGAUAGGGGAGAGAGAGAGAGAGAGAGAGAGAGAGAGAGAGAGAGAGAGAGAGAGAGAGAGAGAGAGAGAGAGUUAUGAGAGUCAUGAUGAUUGUGCGUUGAUUUGGACCCCGCGGCUGGCUGCCGUCCGCUCGACGAUUUGAACCUGCCCGAUGGACGAGUGAUUGAGGGCAAUCCCCCUCCACCGCUCUAGCUCACGGCGUUGUUUGCUUGUGCGUGUGCUCGAGCGCGUGCGUAUGCGGGUUUUUAUUGCUUUCGUGCUGGUAAUUUGAUGGUUCGGCUCGACGUGUGCUUCAUCGCAUCAUUAUCAUCAUCCUCGUCAUCAUUAUUACUGUGCCCUCUCGAUUGGCCGGAAUAAAAUUGAACUGGGAAUGAUCUCAGCUUAUCAGGUGGUUGUCAGUUGGCCGAGAGGAUUCAACCCUUUCUUCGUCGAUCUUUCUUUCUCCCGUUUCGUUUCUUCCUCACGAGACGAUGUCAUUGGCGGACGGUGUCAUUCCCUUUCGGAACUGAGUUUUGAGCCUUCAGUUCUGUCGGGGGUGGAGAGAGACUGCGAGGUCGUAAUUCCUUUUCCGAGCUCUUGAGCCCCCCCAAAUUCUUUUUGCGCCCUCACCCUCCAUCCCAGCUUGACCUAGACCAAGAAAUUACAAAUUUUCCAAGGCGAAACUUUUUUCCUGAGCUCUUGAGCCCUCCCCUCCCAAACAUUUAUUGCUCUCUCCCCCUCCCAUCCCAGCUUGACCUAGAACAACAAAUUUCAAAUUUUGCGAGGCGAAGAGUAGUCGCCCAUGCUCAUCCACGAGCUAGUAAUUAGUUGAGAAGGCGAUUCUAGGGUUGUAGCAGAACGCCAGGAAAGAGAGGAUCCUGGUGCAAGGCCCAGCAGAUCAGAGCAGAGGAAGACAGGAUGGUCGCGAUUUGGGAGUACCGCAUUGUGUUGCCCUUCACGGUGGAGGAAUACAAAAUUGCGCAGCUGUAUAUGGUGGCCAAGUACAGCGCGAGCGAGUCAUCGGAGGAUAACGGGGAUGGGGUAGAGGUUUUGAAGAACGAGCCAUUCGAAGAGCGCGAUCGCCGGGGUCAGUACACCCACAAGCUCUAUCACCUGGCCAGCAAGCUCCCGAGCUGGCUUGUGAGCCUUCUGCCCAAGAAGGCCCUGAUGCUGGAAGAGGAGGCCUGGAAUGCGUACCCGCAUUGCACCACCGUACUUAAAUGUCCUUUCUUCAACAAAUUCCGCCUUAUUCUCGAAACCACUCACCUCCCCGACCGAGGCACCAGUGACAAUGCCCUAGGGCUGGACCCCAAGACGCUGAAAAAGCGUCAGGUCGAGUACAUCGACAUCGCCACGGACCAGGUGGAAAAUUAUGUGGAGGAUGAAGACCCAACCAAAUUUAAGUCGCAGCGAACCGGUCGAGGGCCUCUGCAAGAGGGAUGGUCGGAGAAAUGCGAGCCUGUCAUGUGCGCCUACAAGUGCGUCACUGUGGAUGUACCUUACUGGGGAUUUGGAUCCCGGAUCGAGAAAUUCAUCUCCAAAAAUGCUCAGCGCAAGAUUCUGCUCGAGGGUCACCGGAAGUGCUUUUGCUGGUUGGAUGAGUGGCAUGGGCUCACCAUGGACGACGUGCGGAGGAUGGAGUAUGAGACCGCCGAGGCUAUGGCCAAGGCCCGUGCGAUGGCUUUGAGGAGACGCAUAGCGGACGAUGACGCCUUCGACUGUGCGGUGGAUGGCCUCGCUGUAGACGAGGAGAAGCUCGGUGGCCAAGAUUCCGGGAUCAAGUCCGGUUUAUUGGAGGAGCAACCCAUCACUCCCCGGCUCGGUACGAUCGUCGCUAAGGUUCCAGGUGGCUCUCUAUCCAGGUCCAACACUCCGAGGUCGGGCACUCCGAGGUCCAAGGAUUUUAGUGGUAGUCCCAGCUUGAUGAGGAGGCCGAGUCUGGUGGGUCCGUCUUUCUCCGUGGGGAUUACUACUCUAUCUGCCUCCGAUGUCGAUGAUUUCAACCUCGGUGGAUCGGCCCCUCCGAUGCCUCUUUCUCAAUGGAGUUCUGCAUUGGCAGCGGCAAGCGAGCUAGAAAAUGGCGCAACAAAUGAUCUUGCAUCGAGCUCGGGGCCGCUGCUUAGAAACGGGUCAUGUGAAUCUUUCAACUCAAUUCAUUCAGGGGCAGCAGAUUUGGCUGCUGCUGUAGAGGAUAGUGCAGAUGUAGCUCAAUGUGUGGAUGUGCUCGACAGAGCAAUAAAUUGGACCAAGUCGAGGGCCAAAAUGAGUCCUGGGAAUAAGGCUAGUGGUAAAGUUGCUCCUCUUCAGUCGAAUUCUGGCCACAACGACGAGAAAACGAGAAAAGGGACCAAAGAGGUGGAACAUUACGUUGGUGUGCUAGAAAAUGCCCUCUCUGCCGUGAAGAAGCGACCCUCCAAAUCAACUCAGUGAAGGAGAAAUGGAGUAGUGGACCACUCAAUUGAUUUGCCUGCCUGCUCGUUGCAGCAGGAGAAAGAUAUGGAUACAUUAGCUCUCUCAAUGGAGAGGAGAAAGGGUUUCUUGUGGUUACUACUGGGGCUCAUGGAUAUAAUGUAGAUCUACUACUCGACGGCUUUGUGCCCUUUGUCUACAUUGUAGGGAGUUGUGCUCUCAUGAAUUGGGAUCAAAGAAGAAGCUGAAGCUGAGGUUUAUCCGGGGUCAAUUAGGAUACCAGCCGGCACCGUUUUCUGUACUCCUGUCAAGUAGCUUGAAUCUGCUGAGGAUGUCAACCAGACUUCAGGUCAUUGUAGCAUGACAACAGAAUUGGUUCUUGUAUAUAUGCUAUGUAGAGAAAAAACUGUACUGAUGAAGCUACGCCUGUUAAGCCUUCACUUGAAAAGAGAAAACAAAGGUGUGUAGAUAACAAGCUUUCGUUCCUAGGAGUUUUGCUAUAUUCUAGGAAGAAAAAAGGUCUCAAUUCAAUCAGAUGUGUACUCAAGAUCCUUUCAUAUGAUGCACGAUAUUGAUGUCAUAGCAGAUGUACAUCACUGUAUGUUGGUGUGUGUGUGGCUGUGCCCACUUCAUUCAGAUGGAGAACCUUCGUCCCCAUGGACGAAGGUUCUUCAAGCAAAUUAAAUUUUGAUAUGUUCCACCUGUC